AUGCCCCCGACCACAGGCACAAGAACCUCUACGAGGCAGGGGCGGGCUACGGUCCGACCUACCAACUACUAUGCGCGCACCUUUGCCGGCCGCCUCAACGCGAGCGGGAUGGAGCAGACGCCCGAAGCUUCCAGCAGCGCGCCCGGCUUCCUGCCCGCCCUCACCCACUUUAGCGGCGCCGUCGAUGCGUUCCCAAAGGAGAUAAUUAAGCAUUUUUCCAUGUUCAAGGAAGUCGAGGCCAAACUCCAUGACCCGGAGCAGAUGCUCAAGGAGCUGCUCGACGACAUCGCCCGGCAGCCCGUCACUACAAAGGCCCAGCUGGCUGCUAUAGAACAGGCCUCAGUAGCGUCCGAGGCCAACGCCAACCUCAAUCCCGACAAUAUGUCUCCCGAAGAACGUUCGGCCAUGACCAAGCGCCAGCUCUUCUAUCGCCUCCGCAUGAUUAUCGCGAACACGCUGCCCAUACUCGAUGAAAAGCUCGUAGUGCUCCAGGGCGCCAAAGCCACCAAAGACAAGGGCCUCACGCGCAUGCACCACUCCUUCGCCCAGCUCGACGGCGAGAUCAGCGACGAAGCGCGAUACGGCAGCCUUACACACUGGGCAUAUGCGGACAAAGAGGAGAAGAAAAAGGGCGGACCAUCGCACGAGCGCCAGAGGCGCGAGGUGGCUGCGGCGAAUAACCUGGCCGCGGCCGCUCAACAUGUCCAUGACGUCGAUUCAAUUGCGGCCAAGAGCGAGGCCAGACGUGAGGCCAUGCAGGCGAACAAGCGCAGUCGACACCACCAGGUUGACUCCGACUUCGACGACAGACCAGCCAAGAGACCGCAGAAGAAGAAGCCCUUGCCUGCAGAGACAGCAGCGCCAGACAACAGAAACCUUGGGUUGGGCAUUUCAAGCAACGGCACAGGUCCUCAUGGCAAGCGGAAGAAAACUGAAAAGGCCCUCGCCGCAGCGGCAGCGGCGGCACCGGCAGCCCCGCCCAUGGAGCGAUCACUGAGCAGUGCUCUGAAAGCAACUAGCAACGGCGUACGGGGUGGUUCAAGCCCACGGGGAACGCCAGGUCCAGAGAACGGCGCAGCAAAACGCAAACCUCGUGCCGCACCCGUGGCUGCGCAACGCAAGAACCCGCUUCCCCCGUACUCGCCCCCUAUGGCUUCGUCACCCCUUGCUGCCAACUUCCCCGUCAACAAAGCAAUUGCCGGCGCAUCGGAACGAACAUUGUCCGCCCGUGCACGGAAAAACUCCACAGCCAACUCGGUGGCGUCAAUCAAGGACCAAGAGGCUACAGCUGCAGGCCGCCCGUCAUCCUCGCACUCUGCGCAACAAGCCGCUACCAGCAAUGCCAUUACAGAGCUGGAACAGGCUGCUGGCGUUGUGCGAGACAAUGCUUCGGCAAAGGGCGCGUCCACUCCAAAGGAGAGUACGGAGAUCCCACCGCCCUUUGAUACAGCCAACAUGAAGGUAGAAGACUUGGGACAGCCGGAGCCAGAGAGCAUGGACAUUGACGCUCCCGCACCGACAUCUGCCGCCGUGAGAUCCGGUCGGAACUCCAAGAAUACGACACCUGUUGUCGGCGCGUUUGCGGAGACACCCAUGGCGCGAAGUCGCAGCAGCCGCAACGUGAACAAUGGAAAUUCAAACUCCACCACGUCGUCAGAGAACAACAGCACGACGGGGGCCGGAUCAAAACGAGGCAACAAGAAGAACACGCAAUCGACCACCGCUACUGCUUCUCCCGCCCUGAAGCCCACGCCGAACGUAAAAUCGAACCCUCCAUCUUCCGCUGCCAGCUCCGUCGCACAAGAACAAGACUACCAAGAGGCCGAGGCGGAGGCCGAACCAGAGGCCGAAUCCGAGGAAGAUGGCGACGAGCCGCGAUACUGCUAUUGUAACGAAGUUUCCUACGGGAACAUGAUUGCCUGCGACAACGACGACUGCCCCCGCGAGUGGUUUCACCUUGGCUGUGUGAACCUUGACAAACCGCCCACUGGCAGAACGAAAUGGUUCUGCAGUGACGAUUGCAAGGAGACGUACAAUAAGACCAAGGCGAAGGGGGGCCGUCCAGGCAAUUCGAAAAUCAUCAUGGCGCCCACAGACCACCCAUCAGCGGAAGAGCUGCUUAUAUGCGAGCCAGAAGGUGGCGCGCCGAAUGCCCCGCCAGACCUACGUUUCUUACACUACAAUGAUGUUUACCACGUUGAAGCAGGGUCAAGAGAGCCUGUUGGCGGAUAUGCGAGGUUUCAAACUCUCGUCAAUUACUAUAGGGACGAUGAGAGGUUCAAGGACCAACCAAAGCUUCUGACUUUCUUCUCGGGUGAUGCGUUCAACCCGAGCAUUGAGAGUAGUAUCACAAAGGGAAGCCACAUGGUCCCUGUACUAAAUAACAUUGGCACAGACGUUUCUUGCGUAGGAAACCACGACCUCGACUUUGGUGUAAAGCAGUAUCGCUACCUCACAGCCAAAUGCAAAUUCCCAUGGCUCCUUGCGAACGUUCACGACCCAGCCCUCGGCGAUGGUGUCCCCCUCGGAAACGCGAAGAAGACGGUCAUGCUCACGGCAUCCAACGGCAUCAAAGUCGGCGUCAUCGGACUCGCAGAGCGUGAGUGGCUCGACACAAUCAAUGCGCUACCACCGGACAUCAUAUACAAGAGUGCCUCCGAGACUGCGAAGGAACUCAUACCAGGUCUGAAGGAACAGGGCGCAGAGAUAAUCGUUUGCGUGUCGCAUCAGCGAGAGCCAAAUGACAACAAGCUGGCGAAGCAAGUUGGAGGCGGAUUGAUUGAUAUAAUCUUGGGUGGGCAUGAUCACUACUACUCAUACAAUCUUAUCAACGGCACCCAAGUACUACGGUCAGGCACAGAUUUCAAACAACUGUCUCACGUUGAGGCAUGGCGGAAGCCAGAGGGCAAAGGGUGGGACUUCAAGAUCAUACGGAGAGACAUUGUCAGCAGCAUAACCCAAGAUCCCCAGGCCAUGGCGCUGGUAGAAGAACAGACACGGGAGAUUAGGAAGCGAUUAGACAAACCUAUCGGAUAUACCGCCGCACCACUCGACGCCCGAUUCACAACCGUACGAACAAGAGAGUCGAACAUUGGAAACUUUGUCUGCGAUCUCAUGAGGUACUACUACUCAGCCGAGUGCUGUAUCAUGGCAGCCGGAACGAUACGCGGAGAUCAAAUCUACCCUCCUGGCUUGUUGAAGCUCAGGGAUCUUGUCAACUGCUUCCCGUUUGAAGAUCCGGUCGUGGUACUGAAGGUCACCGGCAAAGCAAUUCGAGAAGCAUUAGAAAACGGCGUCAGCAAUUAUCCGGCACUAGAAGGAAGAUUCCCACAAGUAUCGAACAUUACCUUUGAAGCGGACUACUCGAAACCACCACAUUCGCGGGUUUCCAAUGUAACGAUUGGAGAGGAACCUGUAGAUGAGGAGCGAGAGUACGUACUCGCUACGAGAGGAUACAUGGGCCGUGGAAAAGACGGCUACACAUCCCUCCUCAUCGAAGAAGAAGGCGGAGUUGCCAAAGAGCUCGUCUCGGAAGAAAACGGCGUUCUCAUCUCCACCAUCCUCCGCCAAUACUUCAUGUCUCUCAAAGUACUAGGCAAAUGGAAACGCUGGGGCAAAUCCAUGAACACGAAAUUCACGUCGAUUCAAACGAAUCUGCAGAAGAACCACGGUCACGCUUUUCACGACCCAUCUCCUACAUCACCCACGCAGUCUCAUGGUAACAAUGCUCCUCCGGUGGAUCAAGGCUUGAGCAGAGUCCUGGGUGAUUCGAACAAACGCGACGACAGCCCGAACGACACCACCGACUCGGAAGACCCGGACGUCGAUGAAGAUGAAGACGACGGACCGAUGUAUGAUAGCCGUGUACCAAUACAGUUCACAGACAAGCAGACGGAGAUGAUUAGAAGGGUUAUGAGGAAGUGGUGGCGCGUUGCUGGUCUCAAGGGCAAUCCUAAGCUGUGUGAUGAGCUUGGUGGUGGUGAGUUUCAGGUUAAUUGGACAAAGGCUAUUGCGCCGAGGUUGGAGGGGAGGAUCAGGGAGGUUGGAGCUGCAGUUAAUAUUGAAGCAUAG